UUCGCUGUGAGGACUCCGUCGGUUAGUCCAAUUGUCUGCAUUUAAUUCUGACCUCUUUUCUUAACUCCACCUCGGUCGCCUAUCUCAAUCGGAGGAAAGCAAAUGGAGAAGGAGAAAAUGAAGGAGUGUGAGGAGGAAACAGAAAUGGAGUUCGAAAACAGCCAAGAGAAGAUAGGAAUCAGCGAUGAGAUUGAGCGGAGCAAAGUCGGCAUUAUGAGAGCCCUCGUUGAAAGGGAAAAUCCAUCCGCCAAGGAAGUGGAUGAUUUUAUGAUCAGGAGAUUUCUGCGUGCUAGGGAUCUAGAUAUAGAGAAGGCAUCCACAAUGUUUCUGAAGUACCUGAGCUGGAAACAAACAUUUGUUCCAAAUGGUUACAUUUCUGAAUCUGAAAUUUCCACUCAGCUCUCACAUAACAAGUUCUUUAUGCAAGGUCUGGAUAAGCAGGGACGCCCAAUGGCUGUUGUCUUUGGUAACAGACAUAAGCCUGGGGGUAAAGGAAGUCUGGAGGAGUUCAAGCGCUUUGCUGUUUAUUGUCUAGACAAAAUAUGCACGAGAAUGACAAGAGGACAGGAAAAGUUUGUGGGUAUUGCUGAUCUUGAAGGAUGGGGAUAUUCUAACAGUGAUAUUCGUGGAUACCUUGCAGUUCUAUCAAUCUUGCAGGACUGUUACCCAGAGAGGCUGGGCAAAUUAUAUAUAGUUCAUGUGCCUUACAUAUUCAUGACUGCAUGGAAGGUUAUUUACCCAUUUAUUGACAGCAAAACUAAGAAGAAGAUAGUUUUUGUUGAAAACAAGAAACUGAAAUCAACUCUGCUUGGUGAUAUUGAUGAGAGCCAGCUCCCAGAUAUAUAUGGAGGCGAACUGCCAUUGAUUCCUAUACGGGACUGCUAACUAGUUUCUUUAGUUUCACCUGAUGCCAUUAGAAUUUUAGGCAUAGCUGGGAACUAUUACCUGUAUAGGUUUGAAAUGAAUGUAUUUUACAUCUGCCCAUUGAACUUGAAGGCGACUCAUCUCUCACACACAAACUAUUGAUAUCAUAAAUGCGUGUGUCCUCUUGAAAACCAAUAAAAUUUUAGUUAAUCU